GAGAUUCUUCGCCUUGACGGUUGCAUUGCUUGUUUGGGGGUUACGAAAAUGCCUAAGCUCGUGCUACAUACGCUGCAUCUGAGCCCACCGUGCCGGGCCGUGGAGAUGACAGCGAAAGCUCUCGGUUUGGAGCUGGAGCAGAAGAAUGUCAACCUGCUCGCUGGAGAUCACAUGAAGGCGGAAUUUUUGAAGCUAAACCCGCAGCAUACGAUCCCGGUGCUGGAUGAUGAUGGAACGAUCAUCACCGAAAGCCACGCGAUCAUGAUCUAUCUCGUGACGAAGUACGCCAAAGAUGACACGUUGUACCCGAAGGAUGCGGUCAAACAGGCUCGUGUUAAUGCUGCUUUGCACUUUGAAUCCGGCGUGUUGUUCGCACGAAUGAGGUUCAUUUUCGAGCGUAUCCUGUUCUACGGACAUGGAGAUAUUCCCGAAGAUCGUGUUGAAUACGUGCGAAAGUCGUACCGGUUGCUAGAGGACACGCUGGUGGACGAUUUCGUUGCCGGUCCGGUCAUGACGAUCGCCGAUUUCAGCUGCAUUUCGACGAUCUCAUCCAUCAUGGGUGUGGUACCGAUGGAAAAAUCGGAAUACCCACGCAUCUAUGCCUGGAUCGAUCGGUUGAAGCAACUGCCGUACUACGAGGAAGCUAACGGAAGCGGCGGAACCGAUCUGGGCAAGUUUGUGCUGGCGAAAAAGGAAGAAAAUGCUAAGGCGUAACGUGUGCAGUUGGCGGGAACGUGUGGAGAAUUGAUAAUCAACAUCGACGAGAUGUCCAUUUUCGUUUCUAAUUAAAAAUGCAAUAAAACAUGAGCGAACGUCCGAAAUUGUAACCUUUAGCUGUCGUUAUCAUGCAUGACAGUGCGGAUGCGUUGAAUCAAACAAAUCGUGUGUUUGCUUUAAUUUUGUGACAUAAA